AGAGAGAAAAAAACUGAAGAGAGAGAGAGAGAGAGUAGUAGUAGAGACUAGAGAAAGGAGAUAGAACCAUGUCUAUGUCCUUGUCUAAUUGUCUAUGUCCUUUCACUUGGCUACAUUGUCCAUAACAAACAAUCGGUACGUCUAGGCCAAGAUUUCGCAUUUUCUCGUUCAAAACUCUUGUUAUUUCUCCGUCUCUGCUUCCUUCUUGCAUGCUUUAAGCACCAUAGACACCAUCAACAUGCUUGCAACUAACCAUAUCUACCCGUAACAGUCUUUGCAAUUUGCAUGUUUUGCUUCUUAUACCCUUCACUCAUCCCUUCUGAUCUCGAGCUUUCUUUAUGUUCCUGUCGUGGUUUCUGGGUUUACGACUACUGGGUCUUUUCUGUACGAAUUAUCUUCUUUUUCUUUAAUUCUAUUUGGUCGACGUUGGUCGGUCUCUCACCUCUGAAUCGAUUGACUUCUCGACUUCCCAUGGGACCCGUUAGAGGGCUCAAGAGAAAAAGGAAGGUGGAGAAGAAGGUCGAACGAAACUCGUCGGCCGCUCCAGCACCGUCAGAGAAAGAGCAGGAGCCUGUCGAUUGGUGGCACGAGUUUUCCAAGAGGAUUACUGGACCCUUGUCUCUGUCAAAGGAUUCAGAUAAAUUUGAAUCCAUUUUAAAAGUCUCAAGAAAUACCUUCAACUACAUCUGUUCACUCGUGAAGGAAGAUAUGAUGGCAAAGCCAUCAAACUUCGUGGGUACCAAUGGCAAGCCUCUGUCAAUAAAUGAUCAAGUAGCGAUUGCUCUAAGAAGGUUAAGCUCUGGUGAAUCACUACUAACCAUUGGUGAUUCAUUUGGAAUCAACCAAUCAACAGUCUCUCAAGUAACCUGGCGGUUUGUGGAGGCUAUGGAAGAGAGAGGACUCCACCACCUACAGUGGCCUGCCACAGAAGCAGAGAUGGCAGAGAUAAAGUCCAAGUUUGAGAGAAUCCGUGGCCUCCCAAAUUGCUGUGGUGCAAUUGAUACCACUCACAUCAUGAUGUGCUUGCCAUCAAUGGACUCCUCAAACAAUGUGUGGUUUGAUCGUGAGAAGAACCACAGCAUGGUUUUGCAGGCAAUUGUGGACCCUGAGAUGAGGUUCAGGGACAUAGUAACUGGAUGGCCGGGGAGUAUGAAUGAGUCCAUGGUGCUCCGGAGCUCGGGCUUCUUCAAGCUUUGUGAGAAAGGAAAGAGGUUGAAUGGAAAGAAAAUAGAGUUGUCUGAGGGAUCAGAGGUGAGAGAGUACAUAAUUGGGGAUGUGGCAUUUCCGCUUUUACCUUGGCUUGUGACACCUUACCAUGGGAAAGAGCUUUCAGAGACCAGGGCUGAGUUCAACAAGAGACACUUUGCCACCCGGAUGGUUGCACAGAGGGCUUUGGCAAGGUUGAAGGAAAUGUGGAGGAUUGUUCAGGGGGUAAUGUGGAGACCCGACAAGCAUAAAUUGCCAAGGAUAAUUCUUGUUUGUUGUUUGCUGCACAACAUCGUGAUUGAUCUGGAGGAUGAGGUACAAGAUGAGAUGCCGUUGUCUCACCAACAUGACUCAGGUUACCGCCAGCAGACAUGUGACUCAGUUGACAAGAACGCCUCAGUUCAGAGAGACAAGCUUUCUCUCUACUUAUCUGGAAGGUUGCCACCUUAAAAGUGAGUUUUUCAUUCAGUCAUCAAGGACAAUGUAUUGAUCAAUUGAGUGAGUGGUCGAGAUUCCCUAGUGUUUGAGUUUGUGGUUAAGAUUGGUAUAGGUUUAUUUUAUUCUUUAUAUUUCUCAAGGACUGGUUGUGACGGGGGCCUAUUGUUGGCAACCAUGACUCCAUCUCCAUGAGGAGUAAUUUCUUUUAAAUUCUGGCAUGUACAGACUACAGUGUGUAGAUGUAGGCGGUGCAUUGUCAUAUUAUAUCAUUCACAAGAC